AUGGGUGACAAUGACGACUUCUGGAGCGAUGAUUUUAGAAUAAUACAUAACGGAGGAAAACAAGGAAAAAACGAAGUGUCAUUGUUGUCGAACAAAAAUUAUGGAACGCGUGUUGAAAACAGUUAUCACGUAAAUAAUAGAAUACUUAUAGUCAGAAUUAAAACAGCUCCAGUAAAUUCGACCAUCAUACAGGUAUACUUCCUAACGUCAAAUAGUGAUGAAGAAGAAAUAGAACAAAUGUAUAACAUUCUAGAAGAGCUCAUAGAACGCAUACAUCAUAAAGACAACCUAAUUAUAAUGGGAGAUUUUAUUGCUAUGGUUGAAAAUUUAAAUGAUAGUGACGCGGUAGGAAAAUAUGGACUAGGAACAAGGGACGACAGAGGAGUUAACUUCUGCAAACAAAAUAGCUUUGUAACCACAAAUACAAUUUUUGAAGUACCACUAAGAAGAUGUUACACGUGGACAGCUCCAGGAGACACCGCACGCUAUCAACUAGAUUAUAUAUUAGUCAAAUCCCGCUCUAAAAAUCAAGUAAAAAAGUCAUAG